AUGACCCGCGGAGGCCAUAAAGGUCUUCUAUUUCCUAUCAGUGGUGUUUCCUUAAAUUUUUUUGGCAGGAGAAGGAAACGUGGUUUAUACCAUCAUUGUACAAAUGAAAUAUUCAGGCCUAGUUGGGGACCUAUCAAGCAACCCAUAAUUUCAAACUAUUUAAAUUUACUAAAAUGGAAAAACGGAACUAUUUCUGCAUCCGAAAUGCUUCCUUCUCAUAAUGUUUACGGUAAAGAUGUGCGAUCUGCAUGGCCCACACCCCGACACGAAUUUAUUUCUAGAAUGUAUGAUAAAAAUGAAUAUCGCUAUUUCAAACCCUCUUUAAUGGCAAAUUCUGACAGAAUUCGCAACUAUAUAUAUAAUGUAUUACAUCCCACAAACUCAAGAAACAAUCUGUUUAUUGGAACUAAUUCAUCUCCAGAACACACAUUUUCAUCGCAGCAUAUAUCAAAAAUAAUUAAUCUUGAGAACGAUUCUUCCUUACCCAAAAUAAAUUUGGAUAUUACAAAAACUGAGGGAAGGUUUAAAAAACUAGAGCAUUUGAUUAAGGAAUCUGACUCUUGGAGGACUAUUACUCACCAUCACCAGUCAUCUACGAAUCCGUUUCCACACGUCAAUGAGGGCGCUUCACUAAUUAGGAAUUUACCAAUAUCUGAGAUUUUAUACACAAGAGGAAACCACAGAUUAGGUAGGAGAGCACACCCGAAAUGGUAUACUGCAAGGUACCGAAAAUUUAUGAAAAAGAAAGAGCUCAACGAAAAAUUGAAUCAGCUUCAUCUGGAGACAUCCACUGAAUAA